AUGACUGAUCCUCUCCAUCAGUUGCAGCAGUUUCAAGCCCAACAACUGAGCCAGCAAUCUGUAAAUGCAGGACGACAACAAGGGGUCACCUUCAGCCUGCCAUCCCACACAGCUGCACCAUCGUCAGUUGUGACCACCAUCCCAUCGUCUGGAGCAUCAACCCACCAUUUUGUGCUGACACAGUUCCCGCAUCACUCUCACCCCAGUACAUCGUCCUCGUCUGCACAGCCCCAUGGCUUCAUCUACACUCCUACCAGCUCUGCUGCACCAUCCAACUGUGCACCCAGUAGCGUUCUGGGCUCGUUGCCCAUUACGUCUGGCCUCCUCGCUCCCAACUCGGCCGGCAUCCAGAUCGCCGGUGGCUCGUCCGGCCUGCCCGCCAUCCCGGUCAGCUCCGCCGCGAUUUUCAGGACCUCCGGCAUCCCGCUAGGUCCGUCGGGAGUCCUGGUGGGGCCGUCCGGAGCCAUGUUCCAGCCCUCUGCGCUGCCGAUCACCGCCGCCACGGGAUCUUCCCCCGGAUCGCCUUUCUCCGUGCCUACGAGAUCUCCGGCACCGCACGCCCCUCCCACGCCGUCUCCUAGUCCGCUUCCCCUCCGCUCUCCCGCGCAUCCCACCUCCCCCACGGCUUCCCCCUACCAUUCACAGCUGCAGUCUCCACAGAAUGCGGGCUUCAUUCCCAUGAGGUCAGGCCCACCUCAGAGCACAAGCAGCUCCCCACAGUCUCCGUACCAGUCGCCCAUGAGUCAGCCCAGCCCGCACUGCCAGCCAGGGGCCCAGGUGAUAGCAGGGGGCAAGAACUCUGCUGUUCGCUCGCCGGCGCCCAGCACGGGAGGAGCCUUGACGCCCGCCCCAUCACCGUCCCCGCAGCACAGAACUGCUCCCAGCGUCAGUCCAGUAGUCAGGCCUGCUACCCCCCAGCCUAGCCAGUCCUCCGUAAUUCACCAGGCGUUGCAGAGUGGGUUGGCCCUGCCAGGGGGCCAGCAGUUCCCGGCGGUGCCCCAGGGAGGGGCUGCCAUGCUGCAGGCAGGCAACCAGCUUGUCCAAAUCAUCCACCACCAGCCUACGUCCGUGGCAGCCCCCACGUUUCCUUCGCACACGCAGAUCAUCACAUCAGGUGCACCGAUGCAUCUCCAGCCAGCUCCUGUUGCGAGCAUAACCACCACCCCCAACAAGCCGAAGCAGCCCCCGCAGAUCCUGCCGAAGCCCCCGGGCAGCGCCGGCUUGGCGACACAGGGCGGCCACCACGGGAAGAUGGCCACCAGCGGUCGGCCCAGCUUGGCAGUCACUUCGCAACAGCAGGCCCUGCAUACCCAGCACCACACCUCCAGUGGGGCGCAGGUUGUGAUUGGUCAGGCAAAUCAGGCUGUGAUACCCACUGCGCAAGCUGGCACGCUGCUGCUCAAUCAGGAAGUGUUUGUGCAGGUGAUACCAGGCCUAACGUCGGGAGCUCCUGUCCUUGUCCAGCAGAACGCGGGCGGCAGCGUGCAGUUCAUCUUGCGGCCGCCCACCCCGGGCGCUCAGAACUCUGCGCAGUCGGCCAAGAGCUCUGCGCCCCAGCACGGCGCGCCAAUGCUCAUUUCGGGGCCCCAGCUCGUCCACAAUGCAAGGGCCCAGCAGGCCCUGCAGCCCCAGCAGGUACUGAGGCUCAUCACAACCCACGGAGCGCCCAUGCAGUUGCAGCAGAUCCACACGCCGUCCGGCCCGACCCUGAUCGCCGUGCCCUCGGGGCAGACCCUGAGCUUCCACAGCAGCAGCAGCAGCAGCAGCAGCAGCCCCCGCCUCCUCCCCCGCCGCCCCCCUCCUCCCCCGGCGCAGUCCUCCCUCCCGCCGGCCCGCCAGUUCCACGCGCAGGCGUGCGGUGGUCAGCCCCACCACCACCAUCACCAUCACCACCACCACAACGCUCCGCCGCAGCACCACCAAGCGAGCAACGGGCCCGUGCAGGACUUCCCGGGGGCCGGGGCCCGGGCCCAGCUCUCGCAGCUGCACCAGCAGCAGCAGCAGCAGCAGCAGCAGCAGCACGUUAUGGUCCUGCCCCCGGCCCUGGCGCCCCCCAAGAAGAAGCCCAAGAAGAAGAAGAAGAAGAAGAAAGACGAGGAGCGCAAGCUGGACCUGGCCAACCUCAUGAAAAUCUCUGGUAUAGACGAUGAGGAUGGGAUGACUCUGUACGACUGUGAGGAGACGGGCAGCCAACAAAUAGUGGACGGGGCUAGCCCUGCGAGCGGUGGGGAGCAGAACUCUUCAGACAUGGUUAGCGGGCAGCACGACUCCCCGGUCUCUCUGCAGGGUGGUACUCAGACAGCCUUCAAGUUUUCUGUGGAAGAUGGAAAAGUUGUCUUUCAACCAGAAGUUCAGGGUCUAACACCAAGCCAAGCUAAUUCGGCGUCUCUUUUGCUCCAAAACUUGAUGGCCCAAGGACAGUCUGGAGUGAGCCAACAGUCCCUUGCAGAGGCGCACAACCAACUGUCGAACCUGCUUGCCAGGUCAACCAACACCUCCAGUCCAGGCUCCGCCAGUCAGGUUGUUCUGUCACAGUUGCUCCAGCAGACUUCCAAUUCUAGUACACCCCAACUAGUCUCUACAGGAACAAACACCACAUCCCGUGCAUGUGGUACAAACUCACCAACCUCACUAGGGAGCUCGAAUUUCUCGACAGUACCUCAUUCAUCAGACAGGUUCUCAGCCGUUCCUCCUACACCAAAGACGUGCAGUCCCACACUAACAAGAGAUGCCUUCACUGAAAUUCAGCAUAGUCUACAGGGAAGCAAAGGGUCAGAUGGCACCAUGGUAACAUCUCCAGUGUACAGCAUACCAUCAAAGACUCAAGGAGUACCCAUGAGGAAUUCAUUCCCUAAUCUACCUCUGUGCCAGCCAUCAAGUGUGGGCAAGUAUGCAGAUAAUAGCCUUCCGGGGAACAUUUUAAAUGGUCGUGAUCACAACACGUCUACGUGCUCCAACAGCGUUCACAAUAUCAUGAAGUCGAUGGCUACAAACUGCAGCACUCAGGUGAUGAUGGGGUCUGGCGAUCAUUCCUCAAGCACAACCCUGCCGAGAAGCACGUCCUUGCCGUGCAACUUGCCCACGCACCUGCAUUCCUCCACUGCACCCGUGGGUCAGAAGCCGUCGUCCGCAGUCACGUCGUCCACAAACACGCUCUCGUCGCUGAGGGCGACCAUCCUGCAGGCCGAUGCCAACAAGGCAGUGUGUCUGGAUGUUGGGCACGUGAACAAGCAGUCCAGUUAUGCUCACUCUGCACCGACCGCGGAUCGACCGAUCGUUUUGAUGAACUCGAACAAGCAGACGGAGAAUAUGCAGGAUGGGAACAAAGUGUGUGAUGGUUUCCUGUCUCCAACCUCGCUCACGACUAAGACCACUUGUUCUAGUACUGAGCCCACCCCCUCUUUCUUAGGCCUGCAGUCAUUUCCAAACCUGCAGAGCUUGGUUUCGUCUGGAGGCACGAUGCCUUUUGUUCCCACCACAUCUAGUUCCAUGACUUACUCCGGCACGGAGCAGCUGGUUAUAGCACACCCAGGAGGCCUCUCGAGCGUGAUUGCAACACCCCAGCUGUUGCAGUGCUUGCAGCAGGCACAAGGCCAUGGUUUGGUUAACAUGCCUUCCUUGCAGUUGGCCCCGAAUAUCCUGAACAAGGGGUCUGGCAAUGCCGGCUUGGCAUUCGGCACUGGCACCAUCGUCUUUGGUGGACCUGCUCAGGAUAACUUCAACAGCCAGCCCGCACAAAACAAGACUUCGCCCAUUCCCAAUAAUGCCAAGUCGGUGCCUCAGCAGUCAGUUCUCGUGCAGCAGUUAAACUGCAGUCAAAGGAGAAGUUCCAGCGACUCAAAUUCCUCUCUUUCGUUGGGGAGUCCACCCCCCAUUGUCAGUAUGGUGAGCCAGGGUGUUGGGACACAGUCGCACAGGAAAAUGCCACAAAGCCACCAAUCCAUCGAAACACAGACUGUUGCUGUUGGAACGGCAGUGACCACUACUACAAACAUGAGUGCAAACCUACCAAAUACAUUUCUGGACAGCUUGUCACAAACGCAUCCAAACUUGGUGGUGAACACAAAGGUUGGUGGAAAGCCAGUACUAAAUGUAACAAACAUGACUACUGCAGCUGUGUUAAACAAGAAACUUAAGAAACCAAAGAGAAAUGAACGCAUUAUACCAGUAAAAUUCCCUCAGAUGGGAACAUCUCCCACCAACUCCUUGUGUGUGAACAUCGCUAACUCUGGCACUAUGACGGUCAAUCAGCAGAGGGUGUAUGCUCCAAACAGCUCUCAGUCGGGUGUGGACACAACGAAGGUAGCUUUGCAAGAGAGGAUAUUGAGUAAGUCCGUGGCGACCAGUCAGCACAGCAUGGCCAUGUCCUGUGCCACUACGUUACCGUUCGUCGUCACCUCGCCGCAGUACACAGCAGCCUCGAACAAGACGGUGGUGACGUCUUGCGUGCCCACUCUCUCCAGCUCCACCCAGAGCCCCCACCCGAGCAUCCUCUGCCAGACGAGCGGUACAAAUGGCACUCCGGUCGUCUCCUCGUCCCCGAGUCACCUCGGCAAGCUGCUCCCGGGCCAGCAGAUUGCACGGAGCAUCGCCACGCAAGUGCACAGCAGUUUUCCCGGGGACUUCCCCGGCCCGCACCACCUCGUGGUGUCCUCGUUGCCCUCCUCGUCGGCCCCCUCGCAGGGCAACACCAUCAUCACGACCAUGGCCAACACGACGGUGAAGACUUGUGUGACCAGCAGUUCCUCUGGGGUGCCACACCUCGUACCAUUUCCUCAGUCGGGCGGUUCCAGCUCUUGCUCCAGCUCCAGCUCUAACUCGAACUCCAACUCCAACUCAAGUGGGUUGUUGUCGUCCAAUAACAGCAUCAUCCAGAAGGUCCAUACCAUUCAGUUAACUCCACAGAACCAGAAGCACCUGAAAGCAGUACAAAUGCAAAUAGAGGUGCUACAAAGCAGGAAGCAACUAUUGACAUCAGAACAGGAAUCUCUCCAGAGGUUGUAUGAUGAGCAGAAAAGGAUCCUGGCUACAGGAAAGGUUGUUCCCACAAUUCCAGGACAACACGCACAAGGGCUGCAUUUUAACUCAUCACUAGAGCACAGUGGUGACCAGCGGAAGUCACCCGCCACCACAACUGCCUCAUCUGCGAGCACAUACCUUGCAAACUUACUCAGACAGCCGGCUUCCCACCAAAAUGCGCAAGUGACCGGCACGGUGCGGUACCAGCAUCAGGUCGGCAACCAGGUGAUCACGUUUCCCCCGUCGAACCAGCAGAAGAACAGCCACUCGUCGUCGAGCGGUCACAGCGUGUACCGAGCCACCAGCCACGGCACCCAGACCACGGACAGCCCGCCGGCCUUGCCCCACGGAGACCACCCGUCCUCACGGCAGCAGCUGCCGAAUGCCACCGAAGCGGGGGAAUCGCCCCGUGUGGCGGUGGUCUCUCCUGCUGUGCAACUCAGCAAGUCGCAGUCCCCGGUGGUCACCAUGUGCGAGAAAGGCACUUCCCCCAUUCAAGUACAGCAGGUGGGAACUCAGACCACGCCUCUGUCUGAGUUGUUGCCCAGGAUUGUGCCGUGUUCGUCCUCGUCCGGAGAGGCGGCCAAGUCUUCAGGCCUGCCGUCCCCGCAGCUGAAGACGCAGUGUGCAGGCCUGCCAAAAGUGGUACCCAACAAUGUAGCAAAGGUGGUCCCCACCACGCAGGGCUUGCCGACACCUGCACCUGGCCCCACGCAAACCUUGUCGCCUGUCUCUCCUCCGGUCAGGACGGCACAGAGACCCGCUACCAGUCCUGCUAGACCGACAAUCAGUCGUAGUGACUUAAUUGAGCAACAGUUGAAAACAGACAAGAAUGGAGCACUCAUGCCAGAUACCCGCACUCCAUUCACAGGCACAAGUGAUGCUUGCAAGCGCUUGAUCCGAUAUCAUGUGUUCAACGAACAGGUUCUUAGUCAGCAAGACCUGGAGAAGGCAGAUGAGAUUUUUGAAGCAACUGCAAAACAUUUGCUGGAUAAAUUCAGACAGAUGAUGAACAAGUAUCGCUACCUGUUGCUCAUGGAAAGUACGCGUGAAGUGAAUACAUCAGAAUUGAUCAUGAUCGAUCGGAUGUUUGUUGCGGAGGAACACUCCAUUCUUGAACGACUCAGGCAGAAUGAAGUCAAAGUGAAAGACGAGUUGGUUUCCCCUCCUGAGCCGAAGCCUGAAGCCAGCGCGGAUUGUGAUUCGAAGGGCUUGCCGGGCGAGGAGAGGUCACUUGCGGACAUGAAGGAGGUGCGUGUCGUCGUCCAGGACGUGAUGAAGAACGUGUCGAUCAAGCGGGAGCUGGAGGAGGACCAGAAGUUCACGAUCGUGAAGAAGGAGCCGGGCGGCAGCGAGCAGCGGUACGACGAGUGGCUGGAGAUACAGAAGGAGCUGGGCGUGUACUGCGACCCGAACGCGCCCCAGGUGAAGGCGGAGUGCGGUCGGAACGUCGCGGUGCCGCUCCGGUCGGAGGCGGUGCACAGCUCGGGCGGCGACGCCAGCAUGCUGGGGGAGGACUCCAUGCAGAGGACUCGGAACUGUUCGCCCCCCGGCCGGGACGAGGGGGGCGCUUGCAGGGAACGGCCUCGUGACGAGGGGGGAGGGAGCGAGGUGUCGGAAAGGACCAAGCGCAAGGAAGUCUGUGAUAUCGCCGAGAGCGGGGCGUCGCCGUUCCGGCACAAAAAGAGGCGUCACAAGCGAAGCUCGUCGGACGAGGAGGGCGGGGCGGGGUGCGACGAAAACGACGACAUCAACGCCCAGGUGCAGAGUGCGAUAGACAGCAUCCUGAACCUGCAGCGGUCGGAGGACGGGUUCGAGCUGCCGGCGGGCGGAGCUGGCCUGGCCGUGCCGGCUCCUGCCGAAAUGGACGCCGAGGAGACCCGGCAGCAUCUGUUCGGCAGCGAAGGCAAUCCCUCCCCGGGCGUGGCGGCGGGCGGGAGCGGGUUCGCGGAGGACAGUGGGGCGAGCUCCGGCAACCCGGAGGAUGACCCCGUGUUGGACGAGGCUGUGAGGAGCAUCCUGACGUCCUGACCUCUGGAGAACGUCACGCCACCGCUACUGGCCAGUUCCUUCCCUAACUGGUCUACUAUGUGCUGACUACGCAGCACAACGCACUCAGUAUUCAACUACGUUGUUUUAUAUUGUCAUUUAUUUAUUUGUUAGGUUUGUUAGGAAAUGCUGAUCAUUGGCUCUAGUGUGAUUUGUAAUCUGCCAUCGUUGUAAACUUUUUGUUAUUGGGAUUAAACUAGUAUUUAGUUUGCUAUGAGUUAUAGUUUUCUUCUGUAGUACAUUUUUUUUUAUGAGGAGGUGUUUGAUUAUUUCGUGCCUGAAGAGGUUCAAUUUCUUAACCUCUUUUAACAUUGACAAUUUUUCUCCCUAUGCAACAGUUUUGUGUUCAAUCUUAUAUCAGCACUUAAUCUGUUUUAUCGUUCUGUAUUCAAAUGGAAAGAUAAGGAUCGUCACUUGCUUAUUUAAGUGUUAGAAAUUUCUUUUUCAUAAUUUUUUUUGUUGUCUUUUUUAUGCUUUAGACAAUCAUGUGUUUAUCUUACCUUUUUUGUUAAUGUGUUUACUGGUGCCUGGAUAAAUUAGUCACAUGGUUUCAGAAUUACCAACGAACAGAAUGUGUUGCAUAGUAUUAACUAAUUGCUCUGUUAACUGCUUUAAAAGGAUAAACAAAAUAAAUGCUGGCUAACUUUUCUGACCACAUGAUUGACGUCCAUUUGCGAUGUUGGGCUGGUGCUACUAAUUAGCUCCAAACAUUAGAAAUAUUUGUCUUGCAAUUUAAAGCAAAAAAUUUGUAAGAUUUUUUUUUUCUUAAAUGUGUACAUUUUUAUGGUCUUCAUUUCUUACUACCUGUUUAUCCGGCAAAACUUUUUUUUUCGCUAGUUAAUACUUGGUAGUUACACUGUGAAAUUGUAAUAAUGCACGUAUUAACUGUGUUGAACUCUAGUAAAAAAGCAUAGGAUAUUUUUCUUGAAAGAUUAGGCCUUUGUGAAUAUAAGUUUUUAGUUUAGAUCAAAAAUGAAUUCAAAUAUCAAAACAUUCUUGAAUACUGAUAUAUGCAUUUGAAUAUUAAGUGUGGGGGGAAAAUAUUUAUUUGAACAUUUUUUUAUGUAGUUUAAAAAACAUACUUUAAUAAAUGCCUGUACAUGGUAUUUCAUAUUAAUGGUUAUAAAUACGUGAUUUAAAAAAAUUCUUUCCAAAUUUUCAGAAUUUUUUUUUUUUUUUGUGGUGGUUUAAAACUGCUUAUUGUUAUUAUGACAUUUAAACUGGGAUAUUCUCAUUUGUAUUGUACAACAGUGACUCAACCUCAAUGUUUAUAUGUAACAGUUUCAUUACACUUGAAUACAGAUGAGUAUUUCUAAGUUUAGGUUUUUUGAAUUGAAUAAAAUACAAUUAAUUAUUGGUUUUGAGGUUUGAAAUUUUCAAUAUUUGCAUGCAACUACUUUCAUGUAAUGACAAAUAAUUUUUUUGUAUCUUACAUUUUUACAUUCCACCUGAUUGAAUUAUAAAAUAUUUAUCCUUAUAGUAUAUAUUUUUAAAUAUAUUAUUUUUAAUAUUUUUUUUUAAAUUCUAAUAAUAUUUUAUUAGUAAAUAAUUUACAAAAUAAUUUUACUAAAAAUAAUGAGAAUGUAUCACACUUUGCAGUUGCUCAGCAACCAGAUUGUGUUGCAUCUGGCCAUAUCCGCUAUGCAUCACAGAUAUUUCAGUUGAUUUGAUUUCUAAACAUUAAUUCACAUGAGAAUGUGUAGUUCAUUACUUAAGUUUUCAGCAAGAAUAUUCCGUUAAAUUUUUAAUUCUGAAACAAAUACUUUACCAGCACUUUUGUAACUUUAUUUUUCGAUUUGGUCACAUCAUUUGUGCCUUGGCAGUUAAUUUCAUGUCAUAUAUUAUGGGUACUUCAAUCCAGUAUUUUCUUAACUUUGCAGUUCAGAAGGAACUUGCAAUAUAUUUAGCUAAAAGGCAUCAUGCGUUAAAUCAAUUGAAAUUUAUUGUGGAUGAAAUCGGGAUAGGUAUUUUUCAAUUAUUUUUUUUAUGAGACUUCCCCCCCCCCC